AUAUUAACUUGUGAACAUGUACGCUAUAAGAGUCCCACAUCGUUAAAUAACAUAUAUAUGUAUAUAUACACACUACAUGAUAAAAUUCACAUAGAGAAAAGGAGAGAUAGACUACACAAUUAAUCUGAUCUGAGUAUGACGCCGAUCGUUAGCAAGAUAUAUUGUUCAUCUUCUGAGGCAGUGCUUGUGGUAAGAAGAAGGCCUCUUGUAGUGAACGGUGGAGGUUUUGUCGUCACAGAUUGUAGCCAAAGGGUUAUUUUCAGAGUUGAUGGAUGUGGAAUCAGUGGCCCUAAAGAGGAACUCAUACUAAGGGAUGCUCAGGGUGAAGCUUUGCUUCUCGUUCGUCGAAAGGGAGGAAUUGUUGAAGCGCUAAGCAUUAAUUACAAGACGUGGAGAGGUCACAGCUUUGAUUACGAAGGAGCACCCAAGUUGGUUUUUAGCUUAAAAGAGCCAACUAAUAUUGUUAAGUCUUGUUUGGCUAGGAAUAAUUUGAUUAGAAUCUCAGUUGGACCAAAGCCAAAGGGAAUAACCAUUUGCACUACCAAAAACUGGGAUUUCGAGAUCAAGGGCCACUUUCCCGAUCGUGAUUGUAGCAUCGUUGAUUCUAGAUCAGGCAACGAAGUUGCGCGGAUUGGGAUUAAGAAGGAGGUGAGUGAAUUGAUGGAUAAGAGCAAGGACGUUUACCAUGUGGUGGUGAAACCUGGCAUCGAUCAAGCUUUUGUUUUUGGAGUAAUUGCCACUCUUGAUUACAUCUAUGGCGAGUCCACUAGCUGCUAGCUAGUAUAGCUUUUAACAAUUCGUGUAUAUUAUAUGUUGUUAUACUAUUAGGCACUAGUAGUGCCUAGCAUCUUAUCGACAUGUCGCGUUGCGAUUGGCUAGCAAUACUCUUUAAAGCUAUUAUAUUAAAUUAUAUGAGAUUCGAUAAUUAGUUAGACCAUAUUGACAAAUAUUAGGAGGGUGCUAGGCACCACUACUGGUGUCCUUUAGCAUUCCUCAGUGUUAUACGUAUAUUAAUUAUUGCCACUAUUCUUUCUCUUCAUGUAAAUAUUAAUUAAUAUUUGAUUAAUAAAAUGGUGGAGCUUUCUUCUUGUAA